AUGCCGAUCCACCUCCUACUGCAAUGCAUCCACCUCCAGCUGCGGCGUUGGCUACCUCGCCUAGAGAUCCUCCAUCGUUCACCUCCGCCCUCUGCCUCAGCGGUGCUGGUGCUGUCGAGUGCGGCUUGGCGUGCAGUGAGGUUCAUCCUGUGUAUUGUUGAAGCUGGUCCAAAGCAACAAAAGCAGCGAGAGGGCAUAUGUAUGCAGGCUGCUGCGGGUUGCCGCAUAUUCCUUCAAGUAUUCUACUGA